AUGUGGAUUACCACUAAAAAUGAUCUGAGGAACGUCAUAUUGCGUGAAAAAGUUCUGUCAUUGAUAAAACCAACACAAGAUCGAAACAUUGUUCAUAGCACAAUUGGAAAUCUUUUUUCUCGCUACAUAAUUCUUGUCAAUAAUUUAUCAGCAAUUUAUGAUCAAACUUUACAAGUUCAAAAACGACCAGUGAUUGAAAAACUUUUGAUGUCAUCAACAAAACGUCUACUGGAACUUCAAAAAGAAAUGCAAAAAAUUGAGAUGAGUAACUUUACGUAUAUAGACGAUGCUUUGGUGGAGUUGAAGUGGACAACUCAAAAUAUUGAGUUUCUCCGUCCAUUUUACUUUCCACGAAAAAGAAAUAUUGAAAUUCAACAAGUUGUAGAUGAAAUUCCUAUUGAAGAAGAAAUCUUCGAAGAACUGAAAGGACCAUCAAAAUUCAGAAAGAUAUUAACUCAAGAAGAAAUUGCUAGCGAACGUCGUAAAAAAACAUUACGAGAUGCAACAAAUUUGAUUAUUACUCAUGAAAAAGCAAGACAAGAUCGGAUAAGAUUCUUAAACUUAAAGCUGUUUCCUGAAACUUACAAAAUAUUACCACGUGAACCAGAAUCAUUUCCUUAUACAUUUACGCAUAAGCCGGAUCAAAUUCCGUUACAUAAAAUAAAACGCACAAAGUAUCAUAUCAAUUUCUAUCUUCCUAAGAUCGAUUACACCAAGUUCAAGUUUUAUGAGCCUCCAAUUUAUCGUAUAAAUCGUCUUGGACAAAAAGUCAUUGAUACAAGAAAAAGUUCGGCGUUUAACUUAGAAUCACAUGAAGAGCAUCGCGAAGAUUCAGAAGAAAUAUCUAAUGCUAACAUGAUUGAAAAAUACGCUCAAAUGAAAGCUGAAGAAGAAUCCAAGCUACUGCGAAGUCAGUACAAUGCUGCUUCUAUCAUUCAACGAGCUUUCAGACGAUAUCAAAGAAAUAAAAUUUUGAAAAAACAAGAAUAUGAUCGCUUAGCACUUUGUAAUUUAGUUGAGAUACCAGUUGAUCCUGAUAAGCCAGAUUGGAAGGUUAUUCAAGAAGAACUGCGUAAAAAAAGACGUGACCGUAAGAAAGAAUUUGAUGAAAAAUUCAUUAAAGCGCUUGAAGAUGAAAAAGCUCGUAUAUUGAAACUCAAAUCACAUUUGAUCAUGGAAGACAUAACUGAAGAUAUUCGUCAAUGGUUUCGAGAGUUCUACGACGGUGCGCAAGAUUUUCACACUUAUCCGGAAGAGUUUGAAGAAGGGACAAUUAUGGUUAUGCGCGGGGAAACAAAAACUGUCGAAGAAUUCAUAAUUGAGAAAAAUAAAACACCAGCUGAAAAAGCCAAAGAACGUGCGGAUAAGAAGAAACAGAAAAAGGAAGAAAAAAAUUUUAAAAAGAAACAAGCUGACAAUGAGAAGAAGUUAGAAGAAAUAAAGAAGAAACUUGAAAUUAAACAAGGGCCUACGUGGGAUUUUUCUGAAAAGAAAAAACAAUCGAAAAAUUUUGAGGAUCUUCAGGAGUCUUUCAACGUUUAUGAGCAUGAAUGGAAGUUUAUUAAUGAAAUAAAAAAUAGACACGAGGUCCCGAUUUGGGACUGGGUUACUAUUGACGCUUAUGCUGAUGUUCAUAAAGAGCUUCGACUUAUUGUCGAUGAUUUCAUGCGUAUCGAGUUGGAACUUUUGCGUGUGGCUUUAGCGAUCGAUAAUGAGACAAAGUACGUUCCUCCAAAGCGGAAAAAAGAAAAGAACAAAAAGAAGAACAAAAAAAAAUGUCUAUUGACGUUACUGAAGGGCGAAGCCUUAAAGAUUAUUAUUCGAAAGUAUACAAAACGGUCCUUGGAUGAUUUCAUUGGCGACGAAAACUACGCAGCGUACGAGUUGAGAAAAGCAAACAAAAAUCCGUUGCCACAUUAUGGUGACUAUAAAAAUAUUCUUCGAACUAUGGUGAUUGGAAUGGGACCACUUGAGCAACCUAGAUCAAAAUCAAUUUGUAUUGUUGGUCCGCCGAAAUGUGGGAAGAAAUUAAUUACUGAAGCCUUGUGUACAGAAAUGGAUGCAGUUAUUUUUGAUUUAAGUGCAUCUAACAUAACUUCUAUUGAUGAUGUUCCUGCUUUUCUGACCUUUGUCAUGCAGAUGGCACAAAAACUUCAGCCAUCAGUAAUUUUUAUUGAUGGCGCACAUAAGCCUUUCAUAACUAAAAUUCCUCCUGAAGAAGUUAAGGAAGAUCCAAAAAAACUUGGAAAAUUUUUGAAGAAAUACGUUUACAUGAAUAUCAAAUCUGAAGACGCAGUAAUGAUGAUAGGAACUACAAAUCAACCAUGGAACUGCUCUUAUGCUGCUAUGAAACAAUGUUUCGAAAAGUUUAUAACAUUUCCACCUCAACUUGAUUAUGGUACAGCUUUGAUGGCAUGGAACAAAGGAUUACGAUCAAAAAAAGUUUAUAAUUUAGAUGUUUCUCCAUUGGCAAAAGUGACACAAGAUUUUACUGUUGGAGAUAUUUUAGACUUUAUUGAACAUUUUCUUAACUUAACAAGACGGAUGAACUUGAAAGUGAAGCCUUUAACAUCAAAAGAGCUACUUGAUGAAUUCUUGCAAUCAAAGAUUCCGCUUGAUGAUAAGAUGAAAGAAAAUUUCAUGAAGUUUAUGCGUAAAACCGAUCCAUACACAAGCGAACUACAAAGAACAAUGCAACGUGAGCAAGCGAUUAUCGACAAGGAAAAAGAAAACGAAGCAAAGAAAGCUGAAUUGGCUAAAAAAAAGAAAUCAAAAGGAGGAAGAAAAUGAAUUUAAUUGAAGAGUUUCCUAAAUUUUGAAGAUG